UGACCACGUGGCCAACGGGAAGCUCUGGGUGUUUAAUGCACAUGCUGCUGAGUGGAAAUGGGAGCAAGGGGUAAUGGGGAGAAGAACGAGCAUAAGGACCAGGGGCAGGAUGGGGAGCCAGGAGUCCAGAUACACUCUUGUCUUGGUCCCAGUGUCCUAUGGGUUCAAGCACAGAAUGGGAGCAAAUGGGAGCAAGGCACUAGGAGCUGCCCUAUGUGAGCUGUGACGCAUUGCAAUGGAGCAUGUUCCCCUGGGAACGUGGCAUCACCUUUUUCUCCUCCCAGCUAUGGUUUCUCCCUGUGUUGCCAUCUCACUCAGCGCUGGGAUCUGCCAGCUACAUUAUCUUAGAUCAAAGGGAGCAGAAACCUCAGCUAUUGGUCCCCUGCCAGCACCCCUUACUUCCCCUUCAACUCUCAGCAAGAAGCCGCCAACUCUGCCAACCCAUGGUGUGUUCACACUUAAUCUAGCCCCUGGAGUCAUGUGCCAAGGUGAGAGAGCAGUGCUGGCACCAGGCCUCACCCCUGCCAGACCCAGGUCAGGCAGCGUGUGCCGUGGCCCCAGCUGAGCCUGGCAACAGCUGCCCCUCCUGGGUGGGCACACAGGGCACAGAGAGCACAGCACUGGCGCCCCUGCGAUGUGGGGGUCAGUGCCGGGCAAGCCCCCUCCACAAGCCUGGCCAUGCCUUCCCAGCAUGCACUGGGGCACCAACCCAGCUGACCCCCCCACCUCCUUCCUCACAGAGCCCUUUGCACUGCGGCUGGUGAAUGGCCCAAGCAAGUGCUCCGGGCGGCUGGAGGUGAGGUAUGAUGGGCUGUGGGGCACCGUGUGUGACAACGACUGGUCGGAGACCGACGCCCAAGUGGUCUGCCGGGAGCUGGGCUGUGGCCCAGCCAAGCCAUUGGCCCCAAAGCUGCAGGACUGGCCCCGCUUUGGCCAGGGUACAGGGAAAAUCUGGCUGGACGACAUCCGCUGCAAAGGCACCGAGGAGACCUUGCAGAACUGUGCCCACCGCUUCUGGACCUACCACAACUGCACCCACCGGGAGGACAUCAGCGUGGUCUGCCAGGACAACUGAGCCAGCCACAGCUCCUCUACGGCCUCCCAUUGAUUCCCCCCGCCCCCGAGCUUUCAGUGCAUCCCCCCUGCCGCCAGGCUCUUCCUCUCUGCUGCCAGGCUCCCUGGCCCUGCCCGCCCAGCCCGGGGAUGGCUGUCGGUUGUGCAGGGGCAUGGCUUGGUGAGUGCCCGGGGGAUUCCCAUUUCAGGGAUGAACACAGGUGCCCAGGGCAUUCCCCUCCCACUGGGCGCCACAUUCUGUGGGCUGCAGCACAAACCUGGCACGGCCUGGGGCUUGCGUCUCACUAGCAGUGGGGCAGCUCGCCCUGGCAGGCCCCGCUUGGAACACGCGUCUCCUGGGCCAUUGCUCCAACUGCGGCCAAGGGAGCCGUCCCUGAUAAACCCCAGCAUCGCCGGGGUAGGGCUGCACCCCCCCCCAGGGGCUGGGAUACACGACUGUCUCUGCUGGAGGGGUCCGUGCUGCAUGGACAGGCAGGAGCCGGGAGGGGGAGAGCCCCAUGUGCCACAUGCCAUCCCAAGCUGAGCAGAUGCAAAUAAAGAGCUGGAUCCGCUGGA